CCCAGUAUAAGUUCUUCUCUGCUCCCGAACCUUCUUCCCUCCCCUCACUCCACCAAAGCCAUGGUGACUCAGACACACUCUAAUAGUAUCAAGUUUCUAUGCAGCUACGGCGGCAAGAUGCUCCCUCGCUCCUCCGAUGGUGCGCUCCGUUACGUCGGCGGACUCACCAGAGUCCUCGCCGUUAACCGCUCUGUAUCUUUUGCAGAGUUAAUGGUGAAAUUAGUUGAGUUCUGUGGUUUCUCAGUCACAUUGCGGUGUCAGCUGCCUGGGGGAGAUUUGGAGACGUUAAUUACCGUAAAAUCCGACGAGGAGUUAGUUUACAUUAUUGAUUUGUACCAUCUGUCUGCGCCAGGUACGAAGAUCAGAGUCAUCCUCUCUCCUCCAAAUUCGAUCAAGCAAAUUUCACCUCCGCCAAGCCUCGUUUCUUCACCAAAAUCUCCGUUUACGGCCUUCGGUUCUCCACCGGUAUCGUUCGCUCGCUUCCUUCCAAGAACUUUCUCCCAGCCAGUGCAGUAUUCCUUCGGAUUUCAUAAUCGACGCAGAGACGCUAGGAAUUCGUUCCCGGCCGCUUGUCACUACAACCAUAGAUGUUGAUUUUAGAGAAAACACGCCAGGGAGCCACCCCCAGUAUAUGAUGACGAAGAAAAGAAGUAAAAGACAAGAAAAUAGGAGCUACGGAAAUUAAGGUCCAAUUUUUUGGGUCUCUUUUUUGACGUUUCAUACCGCGAUUGUAAAUCUUUAAAGAAUUGAAAAAGAAAUUUGGAUUGGGAGGAGAUGCACUUUUGCCAAUUGAAAAUUUGAUCAACAUGACUGAUUUAA